AUGGCCGAAGUGUCCAAUGGCUCAGAUGAGCUCAUGCUUGCUGAAGAGAGCAUCGAGGAUAUAUUUGUCAAGUCCAGUAUACCGGAAAUUCAACAAUUGUCGAAACAGUACAACUCGGUCCUAGCCAGCACCAAAAAUGACUUGCACCAACUCGUGAGCUUGAAAUAUCGCGAUUUGGUAAAGAUUGCAGAGGAUAUAGGCAAUGUCCAUUUACAGGCUGCAGGCAUAGACAGCGGCUUGCAAGGUCUCUCGUACAAGCCUUGUAGGUUUGUGUCUCCCUACAACGACAAUUACCACAAGUUCGACUCGAGUGUGCGAAGAGAAAAGGCCAAGCAAGCACAGCUCGACUCCAGGAGUGUCAUUGCUCGGAAUCUCAUUGUGAAUAAACUUGGCAAACUCGAAAACUUGAUCAAGGAUUAUUCGAAUCUGAAUCUACGCACAUCGAGCCUCAUUUACUACACCAAAGUUUUGCAAACUAUCGAAGCAACGUUCAAGGAUGUUUUAGAAUCCAAGGAGAAAGUGCUCAUUGCCAAGGUGGCUCGCAUCAGGGCCGAUUUGAUCAAGUUUCUUGAAUAUGCAAUGUCAGCAUAUAACUCGCCCGUGACUUCUUUAAACACCAGCGACCGAUUUUCAGCAAAACAGAGAAUCACAAGCGAUGCGCUACGGUUUAAGAAUGAAAUCGACCGCUACGAUCUGGAUGACGAAGCAGUCUCCAGUGACGACGACGACGACGACAACAACAACGACGACGACGUCAACAAAGAUGUAGAAGACGAGGACGGCGGCAAAGCGGAAGCAAAAAAGUCCAACGGAGGGACAAAGUACCUGCAUUUUGCCUCAGCUCACGUCCAGGGCCAAAACACGUUGCCAAUAUGCAAUGUUUUGGUGUGCUAUACCGCACUAGUGGGGCCUCAAAAGGAUAUCAAAAAAACAUUCCUCGAAAUGCGAAUAGAUUACUUGCAGCAUCUAGUUGACGAGGCUGGCGAGGAUUUGACCAGAUUGAACCAGUACCAGGUGCUUCGGUACCUCGAGAACACCUGCAGGUAUAUUGAAACUUAUUUCGACGACCAACACAGCGAAUACUUUAGAUUAAUAAGAGAUCUAAAUAAGCCAUGGAAAGCCGACACGAUACUCGGCUGCAGGGAGUGGUAUGAAAAUGUGGACGUCAACUUUAAAGUGGCUGCCCACGGCGAAGUAGACUCGGCCAGCACUUCAACUUUAUUCGAACUUAUCCCUAAAUUUUUAGACAGCUUCCUAGAUCUAGGGAAUGCGCAAGAUUUCACCAAUAGCGAUAGCUUGACGUACUACACUUUGGUCUAUAUGACUUUUGUUCGGUCUUUAGAGAAAAUCGAGAAUUCAGUGUCCCAAUCGGUGGGCGGCGAGUCACGACUCUUGAGGUCAAUUUGCGAUUACGAUUUGGUCCUGAAGUUUUCCGCUAGGCUAUUUCAGGCGAUGGAUGGCUUUUACAAGGCUCACCUUGAUCGAUUAAACAAAGAGGAGGGGAUUUUGGGAAACGUUCAAAAGUCGACAAGUGAGCCAACAAGCACCAACGAUUCAUCGUUUUUCAGUCCCGACUUGGUCAACUUGAUGGAUAAUGACAUUGACUCGUAUGUGGAGAAAAUCGUAACCAAGAAUGCGAAGUUAAGCUCCUCCACUUCUUCUUCUCCUGAUGCUAUUGCAGAGUUGAGAGCUUGGAUGGAAAAGUUUGAGAGUUUGAACCAGGUGACGAUGCAAAUGUCGGAACCAAAACCUGAUUUCCGUACUUUCAAUGCCGUAAUCUAUCGAGAGCUUCCCAUGUUGUAUCGAACCUUGCAGUCUGAUAAAGUCACGUGGGGCAGUUUUUCUGCAUCAUCGUUGAAAGAAAACAUUACCCAACUUCAAUCAGAAAUCCAUGCCUUGUUUGCCAAGGAGAUUGAAGUGUUUGUUGAUCAGCUAGUUAAAACCGCGUCUAAAUUGGGCAGCGGAAGCCAAUUAUUGUACUUGGCAGGAUUAUUCUCGAGCUUGAAACGGGAUCUAGAACACCAAUCCAUGCCAGAAAUGGUCAGCAAGAUUGAUGCCGCGUGUUUGAAAAUAUUCAGCAUAGUUGUUGAACUUAUUGCAAGCAAAAGAAAAGAAAAACUAGUUGACAUCAUCACAGUUAAGUUUGCAAAAGAAUACGACGACCUGGCCGAUUUGCCAACUCGCCCGAGCUUGAAAUUAGCGCUGGAACUAUACGAACUAGCACGUGAGUUUAUGGAGCAUACCCAGAGCUUGCCAAACGACGAGAUUGAUCUCUUUUCCAGAUCGAAUGUGACUGAUUUAUUUGUCAAAGUCAAGGAUAACUGGCUCCAUAGCAGCACGGAGAAAAUUGUGGAUUCCAUCAAGGAGAGUCACACUCAAACCACUCUAGAAGCAAGCAAUUCUACUGACCAAGAGCAAAAGGAGGACGUGCAACCUGGUAAUGGUUCUACCAAAGAGCUUUCCCGUGAACAAGCUCUUCAGAUAGUUGCCAAUGUCCACUAUCUAUCAUUGUUUCAAGAAAAAAGCCAGCAAAUUCAAAGUCCAAGCAAAGAGUACAAGAACAUUCUACAAUUGUGCGGCGAAGAUAUCGACUCCAGCACGCUAG